UACGUAAUUGCCUUUUGAUAUAUGAUGGAAAUUGCUUUCAAUAGCGAACACGUCACUGCUUGCUUGAAUAACGACAACAUGACUAGAAGAGAGAAUAGAGUUUUUGUAAUAGUGUUGCUCUUAUGCAUGAUACUUCUUCUAUUGAACUUUCGGAAAAAGAUGGGAGUUGAUACGUACUUAAAGAAAUUUAGUGCUGGAUUACUUGUACACGAAAGUUUAAGCUAUGAACAAAUGAAAGAGCUACACAUAACUGACCGAAAAGGAGGCAAUGCUCACCAAUUACACUUUCCAGGAGGAAUAAAGGCCUUUCAGAAAACGUGGUCGCAGUUCGGUCAAGACAUAGAGAUAGAUCGACUACUGAAACAAAAGAGGAAUGGUUUCUUCAUCGAAUUAGGCGGGUAUGAUGGCGAAAAGCUGUCAAACACUUUGUUCUUUGAAAUGGAGCGAAAUUGGACAGGUUUACUUAUCGAGGCAAAUCCAUAUCUAUACUCAAACCUUAUACAAAAGAAUCGAGCAUGUUACACUGUGAAUUGUUGUAUAAGUGCUGAUAUGUCGAACAUGACUUUCGUUCUAGCGGACUAUCUUACGAGCGCAGCUAUUUUCAUGACAGACGCACAUAGAAAUGAUAUCAAGAGGUUAGGCACCAAAGGGGGCGGUGCCCAAUACGGCGAAAAGGUUACUGUUACUUGUCACUCUUUGCAAGACCUGCUUGGUGCUAUAGGGGUGUGGCAGAUUGACUUUUUCUCGUUGGAUGUGGAGGGCGCCGAAUUACACAUUUUGAAAUCUAUUGACUGGGAUAAGGUGAAUGUAGAUGUUUUCCUUAUUGAAACGAACAAAUCAAACACUAUUAGGAAAAAUAUUAUUGAGUUCAUGAAGAGUGUCAAUUAUGAUCAUAUUGGUAAACUUCUGAUCGAUGACAUUUUUAGAAAACAAAAAUAAGGCAAUGGUAAUGCAAACUGCCUUUUUCGUUUUUCUGAAGUUAUGUCCGGUUUAUUAUAUACAUUACUGGUUUAAUUAACUUAAAGAAACACAUGACUUCAUAAGAAAUGUCAUUUUGUUUUAAUAAGGCAUUUUAUCAGCAGAGUGGAAUACCGAAUACUGUAUCUUACGAUAUGUAUUGCCUGUGGAUUUAUAAUGGGUAUAAAAUAAAUAACAUAUUUGAAAAUAAGUUGCUUCUUUCUGACAGUAAAGAUUAUGUUGUACAUGAAUGUAAUAGUGAAAUGAGAAUACGCUUAAGUAAUCAACUAUCGUCAAGAACACACUGGCAUCAAAAUUGCGAAUCCUGUGCAAACCUAUGUAUAAUAUUGUAUCCAGAAGUACAUCACUAUAUUAUUUGAAUAAAAACAAUAAAAAUAAAUCAAAGUAUUAUCAAUAUAAUAUGAAGGUCACUUGAGAACAAAUUGCUUUGUUUUACUUAACAUUACUCAGUGGUAUGUCAGUCGUUAUUGUCUUCGUCACCUAAACAUUGUUUGUGAAGACAAUAGAGGCAAAAUGUACUAGUAAGGGACACACCCGAAUUAUUUGAAAUUGUAACCCCAACUAUUAGGUGGAAGUGGACAUGUGACGGUAUGUCAAAAGUUUAGUUUAUAGAAGUUGAUGGGGUGUUAAUGGGUAGCGUUAUGUCCCUUAUGGAGGAAAUAAAUUAGACUACAGCAAUGAAAGAAUCAAUUUAAAGAAUUCUGCCAAUAUUUAGUAAAAUUAAAAUGAAUUAGUAUAUACACCCACUCAGCCUUCCAAUGUCCUGAUUUUAAGAUUGAAGCACUUGCCAUUUAAGGGGAACCGAAAUUGAUAUGUACGCCCCGGAGUACUUGAUUAUGUCUAGGUAUGCCCCUACUAGCCAAACUGAGUAAUGAAAGUAAGGUAGAAUGCUAUGAAAUUCAAUGAAAUAUAGACUAAUACAUUCCGGAACAGAGAUCCAUUUGAAUCACAAAAUACAUCCAAAGUAUCAAAACUGGUUUUGUUUUAAUUUAAACUUACAAUAUGAAGCUUUGUAAUUAGGCCACUAAGAUACAAGGCUGCUAGGCCGCCGAUUUGACAAUGCCUGGACUUGUGGCUGCUAUGCUCACACCUUAAGGAUUCUACGCUGCCAAGUUAACGCCACCUGGCUACCAAGUUCAAUUUGUCUGAAUGCAACGUUGCUGAUUUAAUGAUGUCGGGCUGCCAUAUUCACACCACAAAGAUGAUAUGCUGCCAAAUUAACGCAACCUUUCUGUCUAAUUCAAUUUUCCUGGCUGCCACGUUGCCAACUUUACGCUGUGUGGGUACUAAGCUCACGUUGACUUGGUGCCACUUAUGACAACCCGAUGAGAAAAUAAUAAAAGUUUGACGACCUUUUUACAAAAAAGGUAUUGGAAACUUGUUUUUACAAAAUUACAAAUUUAGUACAUUUUUAUUAGUGUUUUGGCGUAUAAUUGAUUUAUUUGUCUUUGUUAGUCAAACAAUACAUUUAACAACGCAAGUAUUUGUAAUGAACUGCUGAUUCAA